AUGGAGGAGUAUAUCAAAGGCCUUAGUGCUGACCCCGAUCUGGUGGUGUCUGACGCCGCCAAGGAGAGGUACCGUUUACUCAAGGGUCGAUGCAUUGAAAAGGCCAACUCCGACAUUGUGGCUGCAAAGGAUGAGAUCGUCAUCCGCGAGCUCGAUCGACAGAACAAGGCCGCCGCCGAAGAGUUGAAGAAAGCAGCUGCGUUCGAGGAGGUGCAAGAAAUGGAGGAUCCCCCCCAGGCCACUGCUGCUGAUACGAAGCCGAAGAAUACCGCUGCCGGAAAGCCGAUGCACACUACUCCGAACGCGGAGCGCCACUCAGGGAGUACGGCCGGGAAUUCCAAGCCUAAGAAGGAGCGCGGGGGUAAGAAAAAGAAGGAUGGCACCACCAAGGACCAGCGAGCGAAAGGCAAAGCAGCGGAUGAUAAAGCCAAGGGAUAA